AUGGCCACCCAGCACGCCCAACUUCAUGAGAAUCCCAAGGGUCCUGGGGAUCUCCGUCCGACAGCAAAGCAAAUCAUCGAAAAUGAAGGCUUGCAAGGAAAGUUAUCUGGAAAGGUUGCCUUCAUCACUGGUUGCUCGGCCGGCGUUGGAGUAGAGACCGCCAAAGCUCUCUCUCUAACGGGUAUAACGCUGUAUCUUACCGCUCGACAUUUGGAUAAGGCGAGGACUGCGUUGGGAGACCUGGUCAACAGUGACCGGUUCCUUUCGAAGAACGAGUGUCUGAAUAUUUUGAUCUGCAAUGCGGGUGUGAUGCAGCCCCCUGAGGGUCGGACCAAGGAUGGAUUUGAAACCCAAUUCGGCACCAACCACUUGUCGCAUUUCCUCUUGUUCAACCUUCUUCGACCAGCUCUCCUGGCUGGAGCUACGCCUGAUUUCGCCUCCCGCAUCCGCCUUCCGGGUUGUGAUCCUAUCAAGACAGCCAACCUAUACACCGCCAACGAGAUUGAGCGACGCUACGGCCAGCAAAAUCUUCAUGCAUGGAGUGUUCAGCCAGGUGCUGUCCUCACUGAACUAAUGCGGCACCUGUCGGAUGACGCUCAGGGGGGGCUUCGUGGGGAUCCCUAUCUGGCAACAAUCUUUAAAACCCCAGAUCAAGGGGCCGCAACCAGUGUUUGGGCUGCUACAGCCAGGGCCCUGGAAGGACAAGGCGGGAAAUACUUGGAAAAUUGCCAAAUUGCGAAAGAAUGGGAUCCUGAGUCGGGCUUCUUCGGGCCGGGUUAUGGUCACCACGCAUAUGAUACUGCUAAGGCCGGUGAACUUUGGGAGAAAUCCCUGAAAUGGGUCGGAUUGUAGGAAUCCCGCAAUAAUACUUACAAUGAACUGAUGACCUUUUUGUUUUGGUGACUAGGAAAAAGAAAUUCGGAUAGUGAUUUAUAACCUCGACAUGUCACUGCCUACCGAUACGGCCAAUGCGCCAUCAUCGGACAUCACGUCUCUGACCACAGUUUCACUGCACCCCGCAGAAAGGAGAAGAAGUUCCAUCCUAUUUGAGGGUCUGAAAAGUGCUACGUCUCAC